UUCAAACGCCUUUGACUCCGUAUAUUGUUCGUUGUGUUACGCGUUGAGAAAUUAUGAACGGCUGUUACAAAAAACCCAAGUUUUGGACAGAUUUCUUGGCCAUGCUCCAUUUUAAAAGAAAAGGAUUACCCGGUCUACCAACGUCAGGUGUCACAAUGCGCGAGAAGAAAAGUGGAGCGUUAUCCCGAAUGCAGAAACUUCGGAAGAGGCUCUCACACUCCUUUGGACGAUUAUGUAAGUUCAAAUAAGAUCCCGUAUUUCA